GUUUACGGCUCUGUUUCUCCGGUACGGCGCCAUCAGCAGGAGGAACUAGUCUCUACAGGAGGAGGACUGUCUGUCUGGUAGCAGCAUGACAGGAGACAACCAGAGCUGACCAACAAGAGCAGAGGCACAGCCAGAGUAAAUGCAUAAACUGCGAAGCUUCUCGGUAGCCAAAUUGGCUAAAGCUUUCAGCAGAUUAUCAUCAAAACUAAAGAGUACCGGAGGAAGACCUUCAGCUCCACUGGGUUCACGGAUUCUGACCAAUCCUGAUGACAUCUUUAAGCACAACAUGUGGGAUCAUGUGCAAUGGACAGAGGAGGAUAAAGAAAAUGCACGGCAGAAGGCAGAAGAAAAUUCCUGUAUACAAAUUCCUAUCGAGGAACAAGGUAAAUUUGACACAGAGGCUUGCCAGUACUGGGACAAGUUUUACGAGAUGCACCAGGAUAAGUUCUUUAAAGAUCGCAAGUGGCUGUUUUUAGAGUUCCCAGAGCUGCUUCCUUCAGGUGCAAAAAGUCAAGCCACAAACUGGUGUCUGGGUGAUCAGCCUGUUUCAGACCCACAACCUGCUGAAUCCAGCACAGACACAGAGACAAGACACCGGCAACACAACGGACCCACACACCAUCACAGAAACCCAGACACCUCAAAUGAUCAAGGACGUGUCUGUCAUGGAGCAGCACCAGAAAAACAUGAAGCUGCCGUACAGACUACUACUUUCCCUGGCCAGCAUGCAUCUUUCAGGAUCUUGGAGGUUGGAUGUGGAGUGGGUAACAGUGUAUUUCCCAUCGUUAGUUCCAUAAAACAAACGGAUGCAUUUCUAUACUGUUGUGACUUCUCCACAUGUGCCAUUCAGCUGGUCAAGGACCAUCCAGACUACGAUGACUCUGUGUGUCAUGCCUUUGUCCAUGACAUUUGUGAGGAGAUGGCCUCCUUUCCAUUCCCUCCUCAGAGCCUGGAUGUUAUUCUGGCAGUGUUUGUGCUCUCCUCCAUUCAUCCGGAGCGAUUGCAAGGAAUCGUGAACCGACUAUCUACAUACCUGAAACAUGGAGGGAUAUUUCUCUUCCGUGAUUACGGGAGAUAUGACUUAUCACAGCUCCGGUUUAAGAAGGGACGUUGCUUGUCAGAGAAUUUCUAUACACGUGGAGAUGGAACCUGUGUCUACUUUUUCACUAAAGAAGAGGUUCAUGAUUUAUUUUCCAAUGCUGGACUGGAAGAAAUUCAGAAUCUGGAGGACAGACGACUCAAAGUGAACAGAGGAAAGAAAAUUGCAAUGCACCGGGUUUGGAUGCAGAGCAAGUACAGGAAAUUAUAUCCACCACCACCAUCUUAACACCCCACCAUGCACAGCAUAAUUUGGAGCUAUAUGGCUUUUUUAUAUUCAGACUUUGCUGCUUAUUUAUUCAAACCUGAAAAACAUUUUUUAACCAAAUGAGUAUGUGUACUACAACAACACUGUAUGCAAUAAACUUAUAUAACAUGUGAAACAAA